AUGCUCGAGAACCAGCUCGACGGAAUUCACAUGGACUCAGAUUACGAAGACAUGGCCGACAACGAGGAUGUCGAGGUCCCCCUCGACGAGGACUUUGUCAACAGUGACAGCGACUGUGGUAGCGACGAUUCUGGCGCAGAAGCCCGCGAUGAAGGCAUUCGCGUAUGCGGCAGCGGCAGCGCAAUGGACAACUCGGCUGACCAGGAGUCGCAGCCCUCGAAGCACUGCAAAGUUACUAUCAAUAACUUUACCGUGCUAAAGUUGAUUGGGAAAGGAGGAUACGGCAAGGUGUACCUUGUCCAGCACAAGCUGACGCACAAGUACUACGCGAUGAAGGUUCUGCGCAAGGCGUCUAUUCUGCUGAAGCGGCGCCAGAUCACCUUCACCAUGACCGAAAGGUCUAUUCUCUCGGAAGUGCAGCACCCAUUCAUUGUCAAGCUCUACUAUGCGUUCCAGAGCAACUCCAAGCUCUACUUGAUCAUGGAGUACGUGGCCGGCGGCGAGCUGUUCACACAUAUGGCCAACGAGCGCAUCUUUUCGGAGGACCAGGCCGUAUUCUACGCUGCGGAGCUCGUUCUAGCCCUGGCGCACCUGCACAAACUUGGGAUCGUGUUCCGCGAUAUCAAGCCCGAAAACUGCCUGCUCGACAAGCAUGGUCACCUUGUUCUGACCGACUUUGGCCUGUCAAAGACAGCGCUCGGGAAGGACGGUCGCACGAGCACAUUUUGCGGCACGCCAUCAUACAUGGCGCCCGAGGUUCUGGAGCUGUCGACCGCUUAUGAGUUCAGCGUGGACUGGUGGUCCCUGGGAAUCCUGCUCUAUGAGAUGCUCACGGGAGCUGUGCCAUUCAAGGGCAGGGCGCCCGCGCAGAUUUCAAAGAACAUAUCCAAGACCAAAGUCAAGUACCCCAACUACAUGACGCCCGACGCUAAGGACCUCAUUAUCCGCCUUUUGCGCAAGAAUCCCGCCCAGCGCAUUGGGUAUGGCCCCAAGGGCAUUGCUGAGCUGAAAAGCACAGUUCCGGUCGUCGCGAGCGACUGCGACGUGAGCAACUUUGCCACCGAGUUUACCGCCGAGGAGCUCGCGACUUCCAUUGUGCGCGGGAGCCUUCUUGAUCCCGAUAUGGACAAUGUUUCUGACGAAGCCAAGCAGCUCGACAGUACUGCUGGCCGUGACAGGUACCCUGCAGUUGCUAUUACCGACCACAUCCCGACUACAGCUUGCAAUAUUGCUAAUGCGAACAAAAAUGAUGCAGCCAAGGCUGGAGACGACAUUGAUCCUGCCACAGCAUUCCUGGGAUUCAGCUAUGUGGCCAACUCUGUUCUGGACACUGUCAGAUAA